AAUAACAAAUGAUGCACGCGAGGAUGAAAUGGAACAGAAUCUUGGCGAAGUGAGUGGCAUGCUGGGAAAUCUAAGAAACAUGGCCGUCGAUAUGGGCAAUGAAAUAGGCUCACAAAACAGACAACUUGACAGAAUUAACCAAAAGGGAGAAUCACUUACAGACAGAGUGGAUACAGCCAACAAAAGAGCCGUUAAAAUAUUACGCCAGCAAUGAUGUGGACAAACAAUAUUUCUAUACCCAACCCACUAGUGCCAGAAACUUAAUCUGUUCUAAAAUUUGUUCUCAUAUAAAUAUACUAUCUCCAGAACAAGUAGAGGAACAGGACUUUUAUCAGAAAGAUGAUUUUAAUUUGAGAAAGUUAGCAAAUAUGAGCUGCGUCAUGACAAAACCAACAUAAUGGGUUUGCGACCAGCAUGGAUCCAGACCGCCCAGUCUGAUCAGGAUCCAUGCUGUUCGCUAUCAGUUUCUCUACAUGUAAUAGGGUUGGUAAGCGAACAGCAUGGAUCCUGAUCAGACUGUGCGGAUGCGCAGGCUGGUCUGGAUCCAUGCUGGUCGCAAACCCAUUAUGUUGGUUUUGUCGUGAUGCAGCUCAUAUAGUUCAUUUGAUUGUCAUCAAGUAGUUUGCUAUGUUUAAUACCUUUCUCCAUUUAUACACUAUUGUGAGGUAAAUAAACAUAUUUAAUAUAAAAUCUCAUACAAGAGUAUACAAUUAAUUGAAGUGUUGUAGAGAACAAAUAUUAAAGGUAUAUAUGGAUUAUAUUUAUUGUUUUGAGGUAUAAAUUAUGCAUUCUUAAUAUUACACAGUUGAACAUCGUAGCAGCAGAACUCUUUUGGCUUUGAAUGAAUUGUAAGGACAGCCUUAGGCUCUUGUGCCCAAAAUUUAAUAUACAGUUGUGAUUUAUAUCUGUGUAUAUAUAUUUUUGACUCAGAACAUACAUUUAAAUAAGUUUGAAUGUGUCCUUCAUGGUUUUAACAUUCAGAAAUGGUAAGACCCUGCUCCUCCUAUGAUUUUAAAAUAAACUGUUCCUUUCUGUUAUAUUUGGAACCAAAAAUUAUGUAGGUAGGGCAGGAUUUUUAAAUUUUAAUAAAUCUUAUUAUCAGAAGUUUUCAAAUAUUCAUUAAAAUAUUUGUGAUCUUGUAAACCUCUAUGCACACAAGGGAUAUAUAUUUCUUAAAAGCUUGCGAUUUCUGACAAAGAAAUGGCCUUUCUGUUGAUGUAAAAUAAAUCUAUAGAAUGUUUCCAGAUUGUCUGUAAGGAGAUUUUUAUUAUGGCAUGUGAUUGUUACUACAUGCUCUGAAUGGAUUUUAGUUUCAUACAUGCAUUAACAAAGUCUCUUAUGGUAGGCAGCCACAUUAUGUUCUUGCAAUUUUAUUCCCAUUUCAACAUCUCUUUAUUUUCAUUUGAGACUUUUUAAGGUGAAAGGUUUCACAUGCUGAAAUUCAGUAUUUCAAGGCAGUUCAAUUCAUUACAUCUUCAAGUGUGUUGAAUCCAAUGCAACGAUGAUUUCAGAAGAAUUCAAUCUUAAAAAUGCUCAUUUUUGCAUUGGAUGAGCUGUUUUAUUUUAAAGUUCUCUCGUUCCUUGAUGUUUCUUAUUUUAUAAAAGAAAUGGCAAUUAGAUAGAUUUGCCCUUUUGACUAAAUUUCAUUCAGAGCAAAAUUUGUUUUCUGAGGAUCUUAAGAGUUGGCUAGAUUCUGUUUAAAAACAAUUCUAGAUGUUAGACAGCAUCUGAUUGGCUAAUUUAAAUGAUAUUUUUGAAAUUGACCAAUGGUUGCAUUGUUAAAUUUCUAGACUGGUUUUCAAACCUUUUUUCCUCAGACUAUGGACUGUAUUUUUUUGUGUGUUUUUUUUCUUCCCAUUAUAAAUACUAGAUCAUUUAGCUGCCAUUAAUAGAUCCUAACAGUUUAUUAAUGUAUGUAAAUGUAUAUGUUGUGCUUAGAAAACUAUCUGGGUUUUUUUUUGUAAAAUAUUUCUUCCAAGUUCAAUGCUUAAGUGUGGUUUGAAUGAUUUUUUUUUAAAAUCAUUCAAUGGUGUUAAUAGAAUAAGAUUCAAAUUGUACCAAUUGUAACAGAUUAAUUUUUCCUGUUAGGAUGUUUUGAAUUACUAGUAAGAAUCAAAUUGUGUGAAAGAUUAUUUUCUCUCUAUACUUUCUAGUUUAUAUCAACUAAAUUACGGGAAGCUAGCUGAAAGAGUCAAAUAUUAUCUUGUCAUGUUUUUUCCCCAAGUGAUGUUAAUUGUUUGUAGAUUUAAAAUGAAAGUUAAGUCAAACUUAAUGGAAUAUAAUUUUUUUUUCUUUUGAGAAAAUAUAGUGUUAUUGUUAAGUGUAAAAUUAUUUUUGAUUUUAAUGUUGCACUGUAUAAUUUUGUAAAUUUUAUCAAAAUGUCUGAUUUGAGAUUAUAAGAAAUACAUUGUUUUCAUCUCUACUGUUGGGACCAAUAUAUAUCUUUUUGUAUUAAAUAGAUGUAUUUAUUUCUUGGAAAAAGUAGUUAUCAUUUAUUGGACAUGUUUUGUUGUAUGGUAAAACAGGACUUUGUUUUACUUUGAAAAUGCACCUUACAUUUUGUUUUACCUAUCUUCUGGAAGAUGUUUAAUUUCUUUCUAGAUGUAAGUAAUAAGAUGAUUUUAUAUUAUUAUAAAAUCAUUUCUUUAGCUCAAAAUGUGUUUCAAACUGUGUAUUAUUUAUAGAACUGUGUGUUGAUUUCUCUCUGAUAGGGUGCUGCUUUUUGUAUCAUCAUAUACUUUUUACCUAUUUUGUUAUGGUAGAAGUUAUUUAUAUAUCCAUCUCACUGUUGGCCCCUCCUACAUAAAUUUGAAACAUGUGUACAGUUAUAUUUUAAUUUUAUCAUUAUUCCUACAAGUUACAAAACAUUUCCCCCCCCCCCCCCCCCCAGAAAAUGGACUUGUCUUGUGAAUUUGGAACAGUUCAAUUUUGAUUUAGGGGAUUUCAGGAUGAAAUAAUAAAUAGAGCGACCAUCAGUAUAAAGUCUGACAAGAACUGCACAAAUGUACAAAAUGGUCUGGCUCUAAACUGAUGGCAUAAGCGAAUCUUUUUUACUGCAGCUAAAAUGUUUUGAUUAAAUUUUUCGCAUUCUCACAUUUUACCAGACGAGGGUUCAUUCUGCUACAUGUAUCUUCAGAAAAGAAGCCAUAUUCAUUUUUUUGCCCUGUCCCUUUCUAUACCCAGAAGAAUAUUCAUCUUCUUUAUGUUUCUUACUUGUGUAAAUCUUUUUGGACAUAUUUUCUUACUACAUAUAAAUGUUGUGUGCUCUCAUUUCUAUAUUACAUCAAGAUUUAUAUCUGCUUUCUUGGAUAGAAAAAACGAAACAUUCCUUUAUACAAAACUUGCAAAUCUGUCUCUUUUUUUGUCCAUGCUAUUGUCAGACUGUAGAUAAGUCCAUAAUCUGCUGAAUUUCUGUAAUAUAUUUACACUGCUUUGAAUUUGGAAAUUUAAGAAAAUUAAAUAUCAAAAUACAAAAAUUGAGUUACAAACAGUAUAGGGCCUGGUCAGACAGCACUGACGCCCACCCUGGCCUGACUUAUACUGGUGGCAAACGCUUAUCACUUUCAGUUUGAGUACAGUAAGCAUUAUUGUGUGCAAUAUUCUAUAUAUAACAGUUCAUUUUGGACAAGGGGCAUUACUAGUUUGAACUUUCUUUAGUUAAUUUUAAAUUCGGAAUGAAUAAUAUCUGAUUGAUGAGUAAUAGAUAUUUUUUAGAUGA